CCCAGAAGACCACCAAACCAGCACACGUCAACGGAACAGCUUAGCAAAAUCCCCACCAAGGUGUAGAAUAUUCCCCAAAACCCCACGUCCCCUCCCUCUGCCGCCGCUCCCACUCCACCAGUGUGCCACCCGGAUCGAUCGAUCGAUCGACAGCGAUGGACACCCACAUCGGCUCCGUCGACGGGCCGUCGCCGGCGGCGGUGAACGGCGCGGUCGGCUGCCCGGCGUCCGCGCCGGGGUGCCCGAUCAUGUCCUCCCACCCCGUGGUCUCCGCAGGCGAGGCGUCGCUGGGGCGCCACCUGGCGCGCCGCCUCGUGCAGGUCGGCGUCAGCGACGUCUUCGCCGUGCCCGGGGACUUCAACCUCACGCUGCUCGACCACCUCGUCGACGAGCCCGGGCUGCGCCUCGUCGGCUGCUGCAACGAGCUCAACGCUGGCUACGCGGCCGACGGCUACGCGCGGGCCCGCGGCGUCGGCGCCUGCGCGGUCACCUUCACCGUCGGCGGCCUCAGCGUGCUCAACGCCAUCGCCGGCGCCUACAGCGAGAACCUGCCCGUCAUCUGCAUCGCCGGCGGGCCCAACUCCAACGACUACGGCACCAACCGCAUCCUCCACCACACCAUCGGCAUCCCGGACUUCUCGCAGGAGCUGCGCUGCUUCCAGACCGUCACCUGCCACCAGGCGGUGGUGACCAACCUGGACGACGCGCACGAGCAGAUCGACACGGCCAUCGCCACGGCACUCAGGGAGAGCAAGCCGGUGUACCUCAGCAUCAGCUGCAACCUCCCCGGGCUACCUCACCCCACCUUCACCCGUGACCCAGUCCCUUUCUUCCUCGCCCCCAGGAUGAGCAACAAGAUGGGGCUCGAGGCUGCAGUGGAGGCAACCGUCGAGUUCCUGAACAAGGCGGUGAAGCCAGUGCUUGUCGCCGGCCCCAAACUGCGCGUGGCCAAGGCGGGGAAGGCCUUCGUCGACCUUGUGGACGCCAGUGGCUAUGCCUAUGCUAUAAUGCCAUCGGCCAAGGGCUUUGUGCCAGAGACGCACCCCCACUUCCUCGGCACCUACUGGGGCGCCGUCAGCACGGCCUUCUGCGCCGAGAUCGUCGAGUCGGCCGACGCCUACCUCUUCGCAGGCCCCAUCUUCAACGACUACAGCUCUGUUGGCUACUCGUUCCUGCUCAAGAAGGACAAGGCCAUCAUCGUGCAGCCUGAGCGUGUCAUCGUCGGGAACGGCCCGGCAUUCGGCUGCGUCAUGAUGAAGGAGUACCUGUCUGCAUUGGCCAAGCGGGUUCAGAAGAACACCACCGCCUACGAGAACUACAAGAGGAUCUUCGUGCCUGAGGGCCAUCCGCUGAAGGGCGAGGCGAACGAGCCGCUGCGUGUCAAUGUGCUCUUCAAGCACAUCCAGGACAUGCUGACGGGUGACAGUGCAGUGCUCGCUGAGACCGGUGACUCCUGGUUCAACUGCCAGAAGCUCAAGCUGCCCGAGGGCUGCGGGUAUGAAUUCCAAAUGCAGUAUGGCUCGAUUGGAUGGUCAGUGGGUGCAUUGCUCGGGUACGCGCAAGGGGCGAGUGACAAGCGUGUCAUAGCCUGCAUUGGUGAUGGGAGCUUCCAGGUGACAGCACAGGAUGUGUCAACUAUGCUGCGGUGCGAACAGAACAGCAUAAUCUUCCUGAUCAACAAUGGCGGGUACACGAUCGAGGUGGAGAUCCACGACGGGCCUUACAAUGUCAUCAAGAACUGGAACUACACCGCCCUUGUGGAGGCCAUCCACAACGGGGAGGGCAAAUGCUGGACUGCCAAGGUGAAGUGCGAGGAGGAGCUGACGGCGGCGAUAGAGACGGCGCUGGGGGAGAAGAAGGACUCUCUGUGCUUCAUCGAGGUGAUCGCGCACAAGGACGACACCAGCAAAGAGCUUCUGGAAUGGGGCUCCAGGGUCUCUGCUGCCAACUCCAGGCCACCCAACCCCCAGUAGACCAAGCACGCCUGCAUCACUAGUAGUCGCAGCCAGCAGCACGUUGCCAUCAAAUAAUGUUGAACAGUUUAUCUUUGCUCUUCUGUUAUGUUCUUAGUUUUGUGCCUACUAGUUACUUGUGAGCUGUGGCCAUCGCCUGUGUUGUAUCCUGCCAAUGCUAAGAAGAUCAUGAGAUAUUUUUAGCUUGCCUCA